AUGGGUACAUGGUGGGCUCCACCCAGACUGAGAGCAUAUAAAAGGUCCUCUUCAGGGAGAAGUAUCCAGACACAAGUCACUUACACUCCUUCUCUACCAAGACCGACCUCAACAACCAGCACCAUGUGUGGCUACUACGGAAACUACUAUGGCGGCAGAGGCUAUGGCUGCUGUGGCUAUGGAGGCCUGGGUUAUGGCUACGGAAGCCUGGGCUAUGGCUAUGGAGGCCUGGGCUGUGGCUAUGGAGGUCUGGGCUGUGGCUAUGGCUCUUACAGUGGCUGUGGCUACCGUGGACUGGGCUGUGGCUCUGGCUGUGGCUAUGGCUAUGGUUCACGCUCUCUCUAUGGCUGUGGCUAUGGAUGUGGCUCUGGCUAUGGAUCUGGAUUUGGCUAUUACUACUGA